AUGAUGAAGAACGUACGCAACUGGCAAAUGGAUCUCGAUACCAGGUCUAUUCCAGCAACAUGGAUGAGAGCUGGUACCUCCAAGGGGCUUUUUCUCCGUGGCGAGCAUCUGCCUAGGUCUACCAAGGACUGGGAACCGAUCUUGCUUGCAAUGAUGGGAUCCAGUAACGGAGAUCCAAGACAGCUAGAUGGCGUUGGUGGAGGAACAUCUACAACAUCCAAAAUUGCCGUAAUCACACGCUCCGAAAGACCGGGAAUUGACCUGGACUACACAUUUGUUCAAGUCGAUUUCGCCAGAGGCAGGGUGGAUAUGUCAGGGAAUUGCGGCAACAUGGCUUCGGGGACAGGACUCUUCGCAUUGUAUCAGGGGCUUGUGAGACCCGAACCUCACCAAAACGAACUUGCCGUUAGCGUAUUCGCUGUCAACACAGGCCAGACCCUCAUGGUAUCGGUGAACUUGAGCGAAGUUUGCCACGGGCCCAGCAACCAGUCUCAGAUCAACUACGGUCGUGGCCCAAGAGUAUAUCCUGUAAAGGUUUCCUUCCUAGCACCAGGAGGAACAAUGACUGGAAAGCUCCUGCCAACGGAUGAAGUGCAGACGACUCUGGCUUUUCAGUGCCCCGAAACUGGUCUGACUCGCGCUGUCAAGACCACCUUGAUAGACUGCGCCAACCCGUUUGUGCUGGUCGACUCGCGGUCCUUGCCUGCCGAGUAUCACCUUGACGGUCCAACAGGCAAGACGGCCAAGGAAUUGAUUGAGACAAUUCGCCGUGCCGCCAUGGUUCGGAUGGGGCUUCAUACCCCCACUGACAACAAGGCCAGUCGUAUUCCUCGAGGUACUCCCAAGAUUGUGGUAUUGGCUACACCCAGUGGAUCAACACAAAUUUCAGACGCACUGGGACCGAUGGCCGACGUGAAGGUAGCGGCAUAUAGCAUGGGAAAUCUUCAUCCUACCCUUCAACUGACUGGCGCGAUUUGUUUGGGAGCUGCCUUGAGUAUUCCUGGGACGGUCGCGUCGGAAAUCCUGAUGACAGGCGAGGCCACCUACCCAUCCCCUUCGAGCGAGUCUGGGAGCGAUUUUCCCGCGCCUCAAUUUAGCGAAACAAAAAGGUGGUGUAUACAACAUCCGACUGGGUUUAUCGAGUCCGAGAUCACCGCAUGUCACUCUGAGAAAGGCACGCCGGUCAUUGAACAGGGAAGCGUGUAUUGCACAGCGAGGAAACUAUUUGAAGGCACUGUAUUUUACUAG